AUGGGUUCAAAGAAGACGGGAAAAUCAAAAGAACGCAAAGAUUCAACAAAAAAAGUGGAGAAGGUUGCUAGUCCAAAUGACACUGAUGACGUGGUUGAUGAUAAGGAUGACCAAGUAUCAGCUGAAACUAUGACGACCACUGAAUCAGCGAAAGGAAAAACCAGAGGGAAGCGAACUGUGGCUGCAAUGUACAAGGUAGUGGUGAAGAAAGCAGUUGGGAAGAAAUUUAAAGUUACAUACAGCGACACGGGCAAUCCAAACGGCAGAACACGGCACACUCUACAGUCAUAUAUAGGCAUGUUGGUGCGGACAAUGGUUCCCAUCAACGUGGACAGCUGGCCUGAGGUGGAUCCUGAUUUGAAAGCAAAUAUUUGGACAGAUAUUCAGGAUACAUUCAAAGUAGCCCCUGAAAGCAGAAAACUAGUGUUGUCAUCAGCUGGCGUGAAAUGGAGAUACUUCAAGACCACAUUAACAAGGAAGUAUGUUCUGCCAUUCUUGGGAAAGAAGAAAAAAUUGAGAAAGCCACCAAAGCAGUACUCCUAUGUUGGCCUACAGCCGUGGAAGGAAUUUGUAAAACAACGGACUAGUGAGGAAUGGCUGAAACUUCAUCAAAAACAAAGUGAACGAGUGAGGAAGAGAAAGUACCAUCACAGAUUAUCAAGAAAGGGAUACCUUGGAUUAGAGGAGGAAUUGAAACGAAAGUUGCCUGAAGGAGAGGUAAUUGAUCGUGCAAUUAUGUGGAAGAAAGCCCGUAUACCAAAAAAUGGAAAGAUAGAUGAAGAACUCUCAUUGGUGGCAGCAAAAAUAGAUGAACUGUUGGAGAAGAAGAGUAAAGGUGAGUUGGAAAUCUCAGGGAGUAGUGAUGUCUUGUCUCAAGCUCUAGACACUCCUGAACACUCAGGUAGGGUGAGGGGUGUUGGAGGCUUUGUCAACCCAUCCUCCUACUUUAAUCUGCCAAAGAAGAAAAUGAUUCGAAUUACAAAGGCAGAUAUGUUGGCCCGUGAUAAGGAGCGUGAUAAAGAGAUGGAGGACACAAAGAAAAUGCUUCUUGCGCAGCAAGCAAAGACGGAAGCCAUGUUAUAUCAAAGGAUUGCACAACUAGAAGCACUAGUAACAGGGAAGACAGCCAUGCAUCCGCCUGCCACCGGGGACAAUGUCAUUUCCCCUAUAUCCGACAAAGGCAGCUUCCAUGAUAAAUCAAGAAUUGACAAAUCUGAUCAUAAUGAUGCCAAGGUCAUGGAAAAUAUGGAGGAAUGUGACAUUAUACAUACUCCUGGAAAGGUAGCAAUAUAUGUAGUUUUAUGUGAAUUCUAA